GACUUAUAAGUUGUAGGGGUAUAACUUAUACUAUAGUGAUAAGAUUUUGUUUCUAUCAAUGAUAGAUUUAGAGUCACAGUGUCAAGCAGUAUUGAUGGCUUAAAACUGUGAUACUUGACAGAACCUUAAUGAAAAUUUGUUGCUUCAACCGAUCAGGUGUUUUGUAAGACAGGAAGUACAAUAUUUGGUACCUUUAUCAGUUAAUGUUAAUUUAUACUAUAUUAUAAAAUUAUAGGAGUUUGGUCAAUGUACCUUUGUUUAAUUUUUUAAGCUAAACAAAUAGUAGUGAUACAAGUAAGUUAGUAAUAUUAGUAUUACUAACGCUAGUAACAAUUAAUAGUUGAUGUAGUACUAAAUAGUAAUUACUAAUACUAACGUCACUUAUACUAGUGUUACUACUCCAAAAGAAUUACACUUUACAGGCAAUAGCACUAGAGUAGAGGCCGUAAAAUAGAAGAGAAAAACCAGCCUAUUUCACAGCUAGCAGGGUUAGAAAACAUGUCUUCGGAACUUCCACCCGAUGCGCCAGCGCCAAGACUAUGUCAUAUUAUAAAAUGGCCAGAUUUUGAAGGUUACGGUUUUAACUUGCAUUCACAAAAGUCUAGACAUGGACAAUACAUUGGCAAGAUUGAUGAAGCUAGCCCUGCUGAGUUUGGUGGUCUAAGGGAAGGAGAUAGAAUUAUUGAGGUAAAUGGGGUAAAUGUUGCAAAUGAAAACCACAAGCAAGUUGUUGAAAGAAUAAAAUGCAUUCCAAAUGAAACCAAUUUAUUGGUUGUAGAUCCAGAAGCUGAAAAGUGGUAUAUAGAAAACAACGUAGUAGUUAAAAGUGGACAGAGUAACGUCAUCUUUUUAAAAACCCCAACAAAAAGGCCUGUCAAAGAAACAAGUUUCAAUGAAACUGAAAAUGAAAGAGAAAUGGACAAAGUCGAAAAAUCACCAGGGAUGAAUAUAAAUGGUUCAUCAAAAGAAGAACUAGUAUCUUCUAACAAAGCUUUGGCAGAGUCAACAUCCUCAAGCCUACCUCAAAAUGCAGACAAUGUCAACUUAAGCCAUGGGAACACUGGCUUAGCUCCUGAUUCUCCUCAUUCAAGCAAGCCCAGUCAGAAUGGCCUUAGUACUUCUAGUGAUUUGAACUUCAACAUGAGUGCCUCAGAAAUGCGCAAAUUGUUAACUUCUAAAAAAAAGAAAGACCCAAGAAAUAACCAGAUGGACAUGAAAGAAAAGUACAAUCAGAUUCAACAAUUGUGAUGAUUUUUAUGUCUGUGGAUUUUGUUAUGAUGUUCUGGAAAAUUGUUUUACAUAAAAUAAAACCCAACUUAAGAACAUUUUAGCACGUCUGAAUGAGGGAAUAUAAAAUAGGGGAUUGUAUAAUGUUAUAUAAAAGUCUGAUGUAUAGCUUUAUCACUAAAUAUAAUUCUAUUUCAUAUAAAAGUUCUUCUGACCUUAGAAAAAAUUACACUGCACUUUGUUCUCCUCAAUUCUUUACUGUUUAAUGUCUUGAAGUUUUUCUCUCACUUAUUUGUAAAAUGGUUACUUUACUUUUAAGUCUUAUCAUGAGUAUAAGGACAUUGUUACUUUUAGUGUGGCAACAUCUUGUUGAGAACUGUAUGACUUGUGUGUACAUUCAUUUACAGUUGUUACAUUUUUCAAAAAAAAGACUAGUAUAUUAUUAUGUACCUGUCAAAUCAUUUUGUACAUUAUACUUAAUAUGUGUUGUUGCUCUUGAGAAAUAUUCAAUCUAUUUGUAAGGUUAUUUAUGUGUUUGGUCAAAUCUUUUGCAAUCUCUCUCUCUCUCUCUCUCUCUCUCUCUCUAUAUAUAUAUAUAUAUAUAUAUAUAUAUAUAUGUGUGUGUGUGUGUGUGUAUAAACAGCCAAGACAGGUGUAACUAAAUUGCACACUUUCCUUUGAAAUAUCAAAAAUGAAAGUGGCAAAUAAAACGAGUAUGGUCCUAAACAGUAUUUUAAAACAUGCAUCUGGGGUGUGUGACAUCUAGAAUGUGUAGUUUCUUCAUCAGAAGGUUUAAUACCUGCUACUAUGACACUGAUUAGAGUUUGUUCAUUUAA